UCUAACAACAAAAGAGCGUCAAAAUGGCGGCUAAUUGUUUUUGUUGACCAGGUGUUUUCAAUUAAGAAAAAAUUAUGCCGAAAAAGAAAGGUUCAAAAGGGAAAAAGGGCAAGAAAGGCAAAAAGAAAUCAGGGAAGAAAUCUACUGAUUCGUCCCCGGGUCCUGUAGAUCCAAUGGCACCGUCCUAUGUUCCUCCACCACCGAAACCAGGAGAGCAAUUGGUGAAACUUCUUACGUCACAUCCUGUAGAUGAAAAAGAAAUACAUGGUGUGAAGGUUUCUACAAGAAUACUCGACAAUCUUACUCCUCAAGAGAUAAGAGAUCUUAGAGUUGUGUUUGAACUCUUUGACUUGAAUAAUGAUGGAUAUUUGGCUCCACCAGAAUUAAGACGUGCAAUGAAAGCUCUGGGAUUUAAAGUGUCAAGGGAAGAGGCCAAACAACUAGCAACUGAUGGAAGUUUAAAAGGCCUUGGGAUGUUGGAUUUCAAUGAGUACCUGGAGACAGUGAUUGACCGACAAGGAGAUUCCAGGGAUAUGUAUGAUGAGAUUUUAAAAGGAUUUUCGAUGUUUGAUCACAUGAAGAAAGGGUCUAUAACGUAUGAUGACCUGCAGAAGUCCUGCGAAGAGGCCGGGAUACGGUUCACGGAGCGCGAGCUGGAGGAAAUGAUGGAAGAAGCCGACAUAAACGGUGAUGGACAUGUUGACCAAUCAGAAUUUAUCAGAAUCAUGUUACAAACUAAUCUAUUUUGAAAACAAUGUGAUAAUGAAAUAUAACACUUACAGUAUUUGAAAAAUCCUUGACUCAGCAGCUUGUUCUCUCCGGAAAUUAUUAUAACUAGUUUUCCGCUUGUAAUCCUGAAAUUCUUGCUCAACAAUUUAUGCUUUCCCUCUUUAUCGUUGAGGCAAUGCUUACUGUUUUCUCUCUUACUUCGUAGUGAAAUAAUUUCAAUGAAGAUAGAAGAACGUUUAAAAGUGUUCAGAGUAUUGAGAAAUGUUAAAUAUUCUUGAAUAAAAAUGUCAUUUAAAUGCUAUCUCGAGGUGAAAACACUGUUGAAAGAAAAACUGAAUAUUUGCCACAGUAUUCAAAUGUCAUAUUAAUAUAUAUCAUAGAAGGCAGUGCAGAAUUUAGAACCCUCUUUUUGAGAUUCUUAAAUGCAUCGUGAUAAUGAAAAAGACUAUUUCGUCAUCGGGCGAUGCAAAAAAUUCCUGUAUUGCUCCUAGUAAAACGCAUGAGCAAGAAAUAACAUAAUUUGGCUGAUUUAUUCUAUCAAAGGUUGCAAUAAUUAUAAAGAUAAAAAAAGUAAGAUUUUUUUGACCGGUUCAUACUGUUUUUUUUUUUUGUCCGACAAUAAGGUGAAUAUGUCACAAAGAUAAUUGAGCCGUGCCAUGAGAAAACCAACAUAGUGGCUUAGCGACCAGCAUGGAUCCAGACCAGCCAGCGCAUCUGCGAAGUCUGGUCAGGAUCCAUGCUGUUCGCUUUCAAAGUCUAUUGUAAUUAGAGAAACUGUUAGUAAACAGCAUGGAUCCUGACCAGACUGAACGGAUGCGCAGGAUGGGCUGGAUCCAUGCUGGUCGCAAAGCCACUUUGUUGACUUUCUCAUGUCGCGGCUCAAUUAUUAGAUUUUAAGUGUUACCAUCUGGUAUAAAUCUGAAAUUUAUACCGAUUUUUUAUGUACUUUUAUUUUGAAUAUUUUUGUUGUCCUUUAUUUUUAUAAUGAAUUUAUUAUAGAUUUAUUCAGUAUUGUUAUUUUUAUGAAUGUUUAAUUUUUAUGACUAUACAUUCAGAUGUAACAAUAAAACUUACUUUCUGACAAA